AUGGAUGCGCAGCAUUCAGAAAAGCCACACAGCCACACCAGCACGAACAGGACCUCCUCAGCCAGGUCCCAGAGCUCCAGAACCUCCUCCCACAUCUCUGAAUUCACAAAGAACCAGGCCUACAUGAAGGUGCCUCAGAAGUCUGCCCAGGGAGACAGACAGAGGCCCCCCACCACCAUCCUGCUCUGCAAGUCACAGACCAGCCAGGCCGCCCUGAUGCCCAAGGAGCACAGGACGUUCAUCGAGGAAGCCUACAACAAAGCCAUCUGCUUCAAGCUGCUCCGGGACCUCAGUAGUUCAGACUCCGUCCACCUGAGGUACACCAUCAAGAAAAUCAAGAACAUAUCUCACGGGGCCCCCAACCUGGUGCUGGAAACCAUCAGCGACUACUUUGUAAACAACCAGCAGAUCUCCACCCGGCACAAGUUCCGGCUCUUCCACGUCCUAGAGGCGGUCAUUGGAGCCAGUGAGUCCCUGGAGGAGACCUGGGAGAAGUCAUUCAUGCAGCUGGCCCUGGAGAACAUGACCAAGUCCACAGAGCUGGAGGAGGCCUACCAGGACGCGGCCAGCAACGUGCUGGUGGCCAUCUGCAGGCACUCGUGGCAGGCGGUGGCCCAGCAUCUGGAGACCGAGGUCCUGUCGGGCGUCUUUCCGCACCGCAGUCUCUUCUACGUGAUGGGCAUCAUGACCUCGGAUGAGAAUCUCUUCAAGGAGGGAGAGAAGGCUGGCUGGGAAGAGCAGCUGGCCAAGAUGGCCAGCAAGUCGGUACCGUUUCUGAACAGAGAAGCGUGGUCCAAGGAGCUGCUGGGGGCACUCACCAGGCCUGACCAGACACAGCAGGAACAGCCCCAGGAGAAGGCCUUCCUGUUCAUCUACUAUGGGCUGAUGCUCCAAGCCUCAGAAAACGGCACCACGGUCAGGACACACCUGAAAACCCUGCUGGAAACGUCCCACCAGUGGUCCAAGCAGAGGGAGGGCAUCGCGCUCACCGUGGGGCUGGCUGCCGCCCACCACCUGGACCACGUCUGGGCUGUCCUGAAGCAGUUUGGCCGCAGCACGCCCGUCAAGUGGAGCCUCAACAGCUUCUCCCACAAGAACUCGGAGGACCUGCGGUGGAAGUGGGCCAGCAGCACCAUCCUCCUCGCUUACGGCCAGAUGGCGGACAAGGCCAAGGCCCACAUCCUCCCGUGGGUGGACAACAUCCUAUCCAGCAUGGUCUUCUUUUUCCAUUACAGCUACUGGGACGAGACCCUGAAGCAGAGCUUCCUCACGGCCAUACUCAUGCUGGUAGGGGCCAUCAGCCGCAACGAGGGCGCCCAAAGCUAUGAGUUCUCGCAGGUGUCCGAGCUCCUCGAGUGUCUGAUGCUUCUGAUGGAGAAGGAGCCGCAGGACAUGCUGUGCACCACGACGCGCCAGCAGACCCUUAACAUCAUCUCCAGUCUCUGUAAGCUGAGGCCACCGCUGGACUUGGAGAAAAAAUCUCGGCUUCUGUCCAUCAGCCUCCGCAGCGUGAUAUCCCUGCCGCUGCUGGAGGUCCUGGAGAAACACACCUGCCUCUUUCUGGAGCCGCCCAACAUACAGGUGCGAGCCUGGCCCCCCAGGAGGUCUCAACCAUCCCUCUGGCCCUGGGGCUCAGCUGCCCGCUGACCUGCUCCACGCCCCACACAGACCCUCUACAAGGAGACCGCAGGGGCCCUGGAGCAGAUGCUGCAGAACUUCAUCAUGCAGAACCCCACAGCCGAGGAGCUGCACUUCCUGCUGUCGCACCUGUACGUCUGGCUGGCGUCGGAGAAGGCACAUGAGCGGCAGCGGGCUGUCCACAGCUGCAUGACCCUCCUCAAAUUCCUGAGCCACAACCUCUACCUGGAGCCCAAAGAGGACUUCAAACGAAUUGGGCAGCUGGUGGGCAUGCUGGGGAUUCUGUGCCAGGACCCAGAUAAGACUACCCAGUGCUCCAGCCUGGAAGGGGUGGCCUAUCUCUACAAGCUCCUCAUGCACCAGAGAGGUGAGCCUCUGAGGGAGCAAGCACCAGCCCCCCAGGAGCCUCCCCAGGCCAAUAAGGAAGAAGCCGUGCUCUGGAGCGGCGGGGACCAGGAGGCUGCUCCCCCCAGCCCCCGGGAGGUGGCACUCUCGAAGGACCACGUCUUGCAGCCCAGCAGCUCCCAAGUUAAGGAUAUCAUGAAGCAUCUCACGAUGGCAGAGCUGACCGACCUCAUCUGGACGGCCAUCAACGGCCUGGGCUCCACCAGCCCCUUCCGCGUGCAGGCAGCCGCCGACAUGCUGCUCACUGCCGUCCAGGAGCACGGGGCCAAGCUGGAGACUGUUGCCACCCUGGGCCAGGCCAUCCACCUGCAGCUCUGCUCCAUCCACAUCCCCCAAGCCAAGGAAAAUGCCCUGCAGGCCAUCACCCUUCUGGCCCGGAACCACACCUCCGAGCUGGUGGCCGCCUUCCUGGACUUCUCCAUCUCCCUGGAUAGCCACACCUUCCGGUUGUGGAGGGCCCUGGGUGCCGAGCAAGCCGUGAGCCACCGGGUGCUGGCCGUGCUGCUGGGCUGGCUGCUGAAGCGGCCCCUGCCUACCAGGAUCAGCGGCGGCAGCCCCCAGCCCAAGAAGAAGGCCUACCUGCACUCCCUGGCCGCCAUGAACACUCUGCACGAGCUGCAGUUCGCCCACGAGUUCAGGCAGGCCAUGCAGGAGGCCUUUCCCGAGCUCCUGCUGGCCCUCCUCUCCCAGACGCACUACCUGCUGGAGCUGAACCUGCCCCAGGAGCCCCAGCACGACGCAGAGGCCCAGGAGACAGCCCUGCUCAGCCCCCAGAGGUGCAGCACGUCGCUGGAGGCACUGAAGAGCCUGCUGUCAACCACCGGGCACUGGCAGGACUUGGCCCACAUGGAGCUGCAGGGCGCCUGGGGCCUCUUAGCCACCAUCCACACCUACCCACAGGGCGUGGGCCUCCUUGCCAGGGCCAUGGUGCAGAACCACUGCCGGCAGAUCAAGGCACUGACCCUUCAUCUGCUGCCCAACCUGCGGAGCCGGGAGGAGCGGGAUAGGAAGGCGGCCAUCAUCAUCUUCACAGAGUUCCUCUACAGCCCCACCCUGCUGGAGGUGCUCCCCAAAGAGGCCGCCCUGUCCGUGCUGGUUCGAAGCCUCAGGGACCCCAGCCCCGAGAUCCGCGUGCUGAGCCUACAGGGCCUAGGGAACAUUCUUUUCCACCCAGAGAAGGGAAGCCUGCUCCGCGGACAGCUGCCGCCCUUCCUCAAGGGCUUCUUCCAGAGCAGCGAGCCAGUGGUGGUGGUGCGCAUCAUGGGCACCGCGUCGGAGGCGCUGCACCGCCUGGGCGCGCACAUCACGGAGACCCUGGGCCUCCGCGUUGCCAUCAACACCCGCGCCUUCUUCGAUGACGAGCGGGACAGUGUCCGGGCAGCGGCCAUGGCACUGUUCGGGGAGCUGGUGGCGUCGGUGACAGGCCAGAAGUUCGGCGGCCUGCGAACCCAGGUGCACCAGAGCAUGGUGCCCCUGCUCCUGCACUUGAAGGACCACUGCCCCGCUGUCGUCACGCAGGCCAAGUUCGCCUUCUACCGCUGCUCCGUGCUGCUCCAGUGGCGGCUGCCGCACACCCUCUUCUGCACGCUGGCCUGGGAGAAGAGCCUCAGCGCUCGCCACUUCCUCUGGAGCUGCCUGAUGAGCCACAGCCAGGACGAGCUCGGCACCCACUGGGCUCAGGCCCUCAGCUACCUGCGCAGGCAGCACCUCCACCUCAAGAUCUGGGCAGCACUCUUCAUCGGUUAUACCAUCUGCUACUACCCCCAAGCCGUGUCCCAGACGGCCAGUGACAUGGACAUAAAGCUGCUGGUCUGCACUUUUGAGGAUCUCAAAAAGAACCCCGAACCCAGCAUCCAAUACUUCGCCAGCAGGCAGGCCUCCUUCUUUCAGAAGGUGGUAGCCAGACCGCAGUGA